AUGAGAGGCCCGGCCAAAGACGUGGCGCCCGUGAGCAGUAUUCUGCCCACCGACGCAGAGGCCAUCAGCGAGGAUGAAGACGUGGAAGAGGAGGAGCAUGAGUGGUUGUUGGGAUUCGUGGAGACCCCACUGAGUCCCGAGUCCCUCCUGCGCCACCGCUUCCCCAGCAAGCUGGGUGGGCGACCCGCCUGGCUGGACCCCUUGCGACUGCCCUCCCCCGCCCAGCUCGCGGGUCCCGAUGAAGGGUCACCGCUCAGCUUCCUGCUCCAAGUCUAUGCUCCCGUCGACUCCGACGCGGCAGCCUUCCACAGGACCGUCUUUGUCUUCAUACACACAGACGCGGCUCAGCUGCUGCAGCCAGGCGGGGUGCGGGCGCUGAGGUGCCAGCUGCCCCUCGUCAACGAAUUCUAUGGCGAGGCGCCUGCGCCAGAGGAAGAGUCCCGCCCACGGCGUGUCCUCCAAGAUCCCACCCACCCCGACCAGUGGGAUGUAGCUCGGGCCGAGCAGGGCGACCUGCCGCAGAGCACCGGCCGAUCGCCUUUCAUCUUCCCGGAGGCCGAGCUGGUGGUUGAGGAAGAGAGCUCGGCCAGCGAUCCAGAGCAGCAGGAGAGGGAGCUGCAGCGACUGAUGAAGCGUGCCUGCAUUCAGAACACGGGCGGCGGCGGGGCUGGCGACGAGGACAGUGAGGACGAGCCAGGAGUGAUGGAGGGCGUCGAGGCACAGAUCACCGACGACCAGAGGGACUUUGCUGCCUUCUCUGCCAGGAUCAUGCCACAGCUGCUGACCCACUUAGGCAUCGAUGAUGCGAGGGAGGAUGCCCUUGAUUGGGCCAUGCUGGCGGUGUACUGUUGCUCAGCCAGUUGUACCCCAGGCGAGAAUUUAGCUUCAGCAUACCUGGACGAGUUUGUGUGGGUACAACCUCCCUUACGAUGA